AUGGGAGUGCAUGUGGGUCGCUUAGUCUCUGCUACCCAGAAUAAAAAAGCUAUUCCCAUUGCUGAGUUGACAUUUGAAGGGAGUUUCCAAGUGUCUGAGGGAUCACAGACAUCAGUUAUAGCUGGUGCAUACAGAAAUGAGAGAGGGAAGGAGGGGGAACUGUGUUCAAUGACAGGAAUAUUUUUUCCAACUGCCAUGAAUACAGACCCUAAAAUGUGCUACUACCCCAAACUCACGCUACACGUAAAAAGAAAAAUGACCAAAACAACCGGUAUGCAGCCUUUGAGACGAUGUUUAUCGGAAAGCAAUGGACAGGAUCAACGCCAAAAAGAGAGAAUAAGGAGUAAAAGUCUUCAGUUUGAACCUACAUUUAGCAUAGCAACAAAAAACAAAGAAAAAGUUGGAACAGAAAAGAUUUCAGUAAAUUUUCAUACUUAUUUAAUACUAGCAAUUGCAUGUCUCGUACUGGAUGCUGCAGAGCUUAGAAAAUGCACAUUGUGUGCUAACUGCAAGAAUAACAAGAAAAAUAGCCAUCAAAAAAGCAAAGAUCAGGAGGCACAAACAAUCCGUGUUAAGAGUUUAAUGAAUGAUUGUCUUAAUGAAUUAGACCAGGAUGAUUCAGAAAAACAUUUGAAAAAUAUACAGGGAUAUCAUCUAGCAAACACACGUGUUUCAUUGCAGAAAUUAUUUCCAUUUUUGUAUGAAGAUUACUUCAACUGUGUAAAUUUGGUGCAUAGAACAAUUAUUAAAGCGUUCCCUCUCUUCGACUGCUCUAGCAAUUUUGAAGAGUACGUUCAAAAAGAAUUAAAUUCAGCUCAAUUUAUCAAUCCUCUCAAUUCAGCACCAUUAGAAAGAAAUCCACAUUCAAUGAAUAUGGAAAUGAUUCGUAUUAGCACCUUUAGUAAUUUCCCACAGACAACUUCUGUGUCUACUGUAAGACUUGCCAAAGAGGGUUUUUAUUACACUGGCGAAGGAGACAAAGUCGCCUGUUUUGCAUGUGGCUUGCAUCGAGAUGGAUGGAGAGCAGCUGAUGAUCCCAGAGAGAUUCACAUUCGAUUGUCGCCGAAUUGUCCAUUUCUAAACUCUUGUCAAUCUGAAAAUGUUCCUAUACAAGAAGGAGAGAAUAUUGGAAGCAGCCAAAUGGAAAUACAACCACGAGGAGAUAGUGGCGAAUCGACUUCGGGACACGUCAUUCAAACAGGAGAAGGAAACAUUUUGCAGAACUCAACACUGUCAAUGUCAAACAAUGAAAUUAGGCUAAGAGAAAAUACAGGUUACUCAGUGCCGACAUAUUCUGCUUCCAACUCUAGUCAACAAGAAGACGAGUUCAACCUCAAAUCUUUAGAGAGACAAGAGAGGGAAAGACCUCUUCAAAGAUCUAGAGCAUUACAAGAAAAAAUCAACGUCUUUCUGAGAAGCUUAGACCCACUUGGAAUUAAUUUUGACCGUCCGAAGUACCCUGCUUAUGCAGUUGUCGCAACAAGAGUGAGUUCGUUUAAUGACUGGCCAUCAAGUAUAACACAAACUCCACGUGAUCUCGCUUUGGCAGGUUUUCUAUACGUGGGGUACGGAGAUUACACCCGCUGUUUCUUCUGUGGUGGUGGAUUACGUAAUUGGGAACCAGGGGAUGACCCCUGGAUUGAACAUGCCAGAUGGUUUCCAAAGUGUGCUUUCUUGAGACAGAACAAAGGAGACGAAUUUGUUGCACUAGUGCAAAUUGAACAUAACGAAACGGAGGCAUCAGAGGAGGCCAUGAACGCAGAAGAGGGUGCAACAUCUACCAGAUGUAGAAGCAACAAUAAAUCAACAGGAACAGAAGAAAAGAACACAACAGCUUCUGACAUUUUCGAUUUAGUAUCUGUUCAGAGUAUUCUUGAAAUGGGUUACACUCGACAGGCUGUGAAGGAAGCAUUUGAUCUCCUGAGAAUGACAAAACAUGUAGAAGAAAUCUCAGGAGAAGACUUGAUAGACGUCAUUCUGUCUAAGGAGGAAAACAGUACAAGACCAGAUAUCCAAUCUGCUACUCGCAACUCUGAACCCAAACUCUUGGAAGGAAAUGACACUGGACAUACAAAUGAAUCCACUAAAAAGGAAGACAGUUCAAAUAUAGGUUCCACGAGCGGUGCAAAAGAUUCUCCAUCUACUAUUGGUUCUCUCGACUGCUCGAACAAUUCCUUGUCAUCCUUCUCAAUAGAAGACACCAAGUCUUUGAUUGAAGAAAACAGGAAACUAAAAGAUCUCCGACUUUGUAAAAUCUGUCUUGAGAACGACGCAUCUAUCGCCAUGCUACCUUGUGGUCAUCUCUGCUGUUGUCUAGACUGUGCCCCGGCUAUGAGGAAAUGUCCAAUAUGUCGGCAGUUUGUGAAAGGGACGGUGAGAACAUGGCUGGUGUAGAGAGGUCUGAGUAAAACAAAGAUGACAGUGUAAUACUUUAAACAUCAUUUUUGAAAUC